UUGUUAUUGGACAGGAACUGAACAUGAGAUCCUUGAUUGCCGUUGUGUUGCUUGCAGCUGCUGCAAGUGCCAGCAUUUCACCUUAUGCCAUCUGGCAGUUCAGGAAGAUGAUACUGUGUGUACUUCCUGACAGUUCCCCCAUCCUGGACUUCAAUGAUUAUGGAUGUAACUGUGGCUUUGGCGGUUCUGGUAAAUGUGUUGACCAGCUGGACACAUGUUGCUGGCAGCAUGAUAAAUGCUAUCGCAAGGCAAAAGCUGAUCACUGCAGGUAUCUGGUAGACAGCCCAUACAUUGAACUCUAUUCCCACUCUUGCUCUGGGAAUACGAUCUCUUGCAGCAACAAGAAUAAUCCCUGUGAGGCUGAUAUUUGUGAUUGUGAUCGUAUAGCAGCCAUCUGCUUUUCAGAGGCCCCUUACAACCCUCAGUAUAAAAAUCUGGACCAGGAUCUCUACUGCAACUAAUAGAGGCAGAAUUAAGGAUUAAACAAAUAUUAAAAAAACAUGUUUUUUUGCAUUUUUUGUC